CUUCUCUGCCACGCCUCACCCACAGGGUCGAGGGCGGCGCGUUUACUAAGCUUCGAUCGGGUUCCCCAGGAGAUUCUGCUUCUUUAUCAAUGUAUUUUGACAUCAGAAAGGAAUAUCCUUGGUUUCUUUGGUGUAACUUUUGGUUUAUAUGCCGUAGGCGGCUGAGGUGUUCUCAUCGAAUAAUAUUUCGCCACUGGAUUUGAUAAAUACUGAGAUUUUGUCUUGAAACUGGAUUUAUUAGAUAUACAAAGACCUCGUGAAACAUCCAGUUCUAAGAUUGCUGAGAUUGUCAUUGCCAUUAAGUUGUGGAUAGGUCCUUAUAAGUUCUACUAAAUCACUUUUUAAAUCUAUUUUAGUAAUACUGUGAAGAAUCACAUCAUCAUGGCCAAGACUAAACUUCCCCCAGGCUUCCGCUUCCAUCCAACUGAUGUUGAACUUGUUUGGUACUACUUAAAAAGGAAACUAAUGGGAAAGCCUUUGCGUUUUGAAGCUAUUGCUGAAAUUGAAUUGUACAAAUUUGCUCCGUGGGAUCUCCCAGACAAAUCUCAGUUGCGUAGCAAAGAUCUGGAGUGGUACUUCUUCUGUCCUCGAGAUAGAAAAUAUCCUAACGGCUCUAGAGCAAAACGCACAACUGAAAAUGGUUACUGGAAAGCUACUGGAAAGGAUAAAGCUAUAAUUCACAACUCUUCUACCAUUGGAAUGAGAAAAUCUUUAGUUUUUCAUGUAGGAAAGCCUCCUAAAGGCAGCAGGACUGACUGGAUGAUGUAUGAGUACAGACUUGAAAGCAAGGAAUUGGUUGAUGCUGGAUUCUUUCAGGAUGCAUAUGUAAUCUGCAAAAUCUUCCAGAAAAGUGGUUCAGGUCCUAAAAUUGGGGAGCAAUAUGGUGCACCAUUUAAUGAAGAGGAUUAUGAUGAUGACACAACUACCGAGGAUUUCUUCUCUCUUUGUCCAGAAUCCUUAGGUGUUCAGACUACUUCGUUUAAUCCUGUCACUGAGCAAACUAUGACUUCUACAGUCAGUGAGACAUCUUCCGACCCUGAUCUUGAAGUUGAUGGAAUACUGCUGGAUGAAAUAUUAGAGAUUCUUUAUAGCUCUCCGCCUAGAGAGGAUGCUCAUGACAAGAUCUCUGAUUCAGCCUUUCCUGAUGUGAAUAUCAAUGAAACUUCUUGGGUAGAUCCUGAGGAAAAUCCAUAUUUUCAGGAACUGAUUUCUGGCAACACGCCUUCCACAGACCUUCUCAAUGAAACUGCCUUGUCUUCUAUGCUACGAGAACUUGAAAAUGAGCAGUAUGUGGAGCUCACUGAUUUUUGGUUUCCCGAGGAUAGUGAUCCUUAUCAAUCUACAUUGCUGACUGUUGCAUCAACAUCCAUGCAUAAUAAUCUGGUUCCUGUGGCUGAAAUUACCAAUGAACAACCUCCAAUUAGUAUACAGGAUGAAGAUGUUGGAAGAUUUACCUAUCACCCAGAUGUUCUUGAAUCUGAAUUCCUUCUAGCCAGUUUCAGCAACCCUUUCAUUUGAGGCAUUCAACAUCAGAAAUCUUCAUGAAUGAUCCUAAGACUUUCGAGAACUCCUGAAGCAUUACCCACCCAGAUGCCUCUGCUGAAUAUGAGCUGGGGCUUUCCUGAGUCUGUUCGAAUUUCUGCACUCAACACAGCACAACUUUGUUCUUUGAAGAAUAUUUAAGUUUUCAUGCUGGUCAUAUUCCUUCUAUGUUGUAUAGCCAGGCAAAAAUCCAUGAGAGAUGCCAAUUGUUCUAAUAAAUGAUGGCCAACAGGCAAAGCAACACGAUAUUGCUGCACGAUUCUGCUUGUGCUCCUCCUUUGCAGAAGACACAAUCGUCUGAAGAAAGCUUCCGCCGCUCUCUCGAUUCAAAAUACCGUAUCCUAUGUACACCCGAAUCAACAGCUGGACAUAAACAGAUAUCUUAUCUGUUGCUGUGUUUGUUGGCUCAGUGUCUCAGCAUUUACAAUGCAUCUCUCAAAAUUGACGAGUCCUGGGGUUCUCUCUAUUGCUUUAUGCCAUUACUCUUUACACUUGCCUGGCAAGAGAACCAAGUGAUGAAUUGUCAACUUAUGUCCUGAUCUGUAUUCGAAUCCGGAAAUAAUAUAUUUAUCUCUUCUUAAUCA